UCUGUCUCCCUCUCUGUUCCUACACCACUUGCACUUUGUCUCUCUCAAAAAUAUUGAAAAAUAUUUUUUAAAAAGUAAAAAAUAAAUCCUGUUAUGUGCCACUGCCAAGUUGGAAAGCUACAAGUCGCAUCCUCAUUUGAGAAACAUGUUUUUACAUAUAGAAAUAUUAGGUGAAGGUAAAAAUCAGACCUCAGCAUUCCUCCCCCCAUCCCCUCCAUGCUAUCCAAAGUGAUAGAAUUAUUCUGUCUAGUGCAUGUUAAAUUCAAGCAUUGUUCUGGGUGUUAGGAAUAAAUAAAAUAGCCCUUUUGGGGGACUUGAAAACUAAAAUUCUAACAUCAAUUUAAGAAAUGUGCAAAUCCACUGGCUCUUGCUUAGAAAUCUCUAAGUUUUGCUUGGAAAUUUUUUUCAUUUAUUGUGUAAUUUUUUUUUCUGAAACAACAAGGAAAAUAAGACCAUUAUUUAGCUGUGAACAAGGAAACUUAACCAACGAAACUAGCCAACUUGAGUUCAGAGCUAGAUUCCUAAUUUUGGGAUACAGGAAAAAAAUGUCCUUUUAAAUCACUGCUCUUCUGGCUUACAUGACUUAAGGUGAAACUGUCAAUUCUGAUUGCCCUUGAUUCCUGGGUAGCCUGCAACCCAGGAGGAACUAGAAAUAAAUAGUAAGUACCUGUUCUAGAAGGGUGGCAAGUUUAGCUUUUCUCAGGAAGACAAUUAGUCCACCUGUAAAACCUUUUCUCCACAUUGGCCCAAAGGCAAUUCAAGUACAGUGUGCUUCUAAAUGCUUUUCACAGGUUGUUUUGGCAGAAACUGAAUUGGGUAAUUUAAAUUUUUCUCCACUUCCACAACUUUUUAAAUCUAUUUUAAGUUAGUUUUUUUUUGUUUUGUUUUUUAAAGAGCUGCAGCUAUCUUAAUGUUUAUUUUUGAGAGAGAGAGACAGAGCAUGAGUGGUGGAGGGACAGAGAGAAGAGAAUCCAAAAAAGUCUCCAGGCUCUGAGGUGUCAGCACAGAGCCCAAGGUGGGGCUUGAACUAAUGAAUAGACCAUGAAAACAUGACAUGAACCGAAACCAGCUGCUUAACCAACUGAGCCACGCAGGUGCCCCUUAAAUUUAGUUUUAAAGGAAGUCGAUUUCACAGUAUAAGAGUGAUGGUGCUGGCCCAGCACAGUUCUUGGAGGGUUGAUUUGGGUAUCUGCUUUGGGUGGCCCACUCCAAAGAGCGGAGAGGACGCAUCUCUACCUUCUAAUUCCUCUUCCUUUCCCCAGCUGUCUCAGUCUGGGUUGAGUGACCCUAAGUAAAUACCUGGUCUGGUGGUUAUGUCUUUCCUAUAUAUGUCUGGGAGCUCAGGUACCUACAGCCAGAAUCUUAUUCAAGGAUGCUGCCUCAAGUAUCUAAGCCACCUGUCAAUUCCCGCAAACCUCAACCGCAAGUACCGCAGAGAUUGGGUGCCAUCCUAUUUUUUGAGCCCAGUGCAUUCACCUGUUUACCUCUUAACAUGUCUGACCCAGCGACUGCAGACUCCAGGCUGGGGGCAGAGGGGGAGGGUUGACCUGGAACUAGCAAAGCACUGUCAAUGCCAGACCCAGUUGUCGAGUAGGAUGUUCUGGGCCUGUAGUCUUGUCUGCGCUGCAGAUUCAACCAACGGAUGGGUAGCAUGAGCCAUUGCUCCGGCCUACCCGCUAAAGAUGUGAAACAGGACCCGCACUGUACGCUGGAAGAUGCAUUUCAGGUCGCCUUGGUCUUUUAUGCAUUCGGUAAAUGUUGGGUGUAAAAUGGAGACACCCCCCCCCCCCCAGCUUAUGUAAAAAUACAUGCAAAUGAAGCUGUAAGAGUGCUAUCUACUCAUUGCCAACAUCAUUACCUUCAAAUAUAGAAAACUGCCCCUAUGUUAGACGGUCAUUCGAGGAAAAUCCCGGCAGUUCCAUGGCUGAUUUGGAGCCAACACUUUAAGUCUGGAAAUUAUAAUUCUUAUCACUGAAGGACUCAGAUUUCAAACGUUUACCUGUAAAAUAAAUUUACAUGUGAAUGCGGCUAUCUUUGGUCUUGUGUCCAUAGGCUUAUAUUUUACUAAGAUCCUCAAAAUCUUAUGCUUUUACGUUGUUGGGGGUCUCAGAAGGUAAUCGGGGUAAAAAAAACCAGACUCCUCCACACCUUGGUGUAUAUCCGACGGGAAAUCAACAGCCCACCAACUCCCACACGUGCUCAGAGCAAGGGAAAGAAGGAAAAAAUGAAAAGGGAAACUGCCAGGACUUAAGAUGUCUGCUCAAAGCAGUCUUCGGUCUCGAAGGAAAGGCCUACCCUCUUCCAAAAUGUCCGCCCGCAGUCCUGACGUCACCCGGCUGGCUUCAUCAAUCCAGAAAGCCUGUGCGCUCCAAUCAGGACUCAGUCCCCUCACCCACUGCCCUUGAUCACGUCACUUCCGGUGGUGCAGCAGCCAUUUUGUCAGUCGCCAGCGGAUCCCGCGCGCUGGAGAAGUGCAGUUCCCCCUGGUUACCAACUCGUCGGUUCUGCCUUCGCGCUGCGGGCGCCGUCGAAGAGCACUCACCACAGAUACAGCCAUUCCUCCCUACAGUGCCGCCGCCGUUGUUGCAUCCGUCCGGAGCUAGUGCGCUGUCUUCCUCCCCCACCACUGACAGGCGCCCUUAGGGAGCCGCCGUCAGAGAUGUCAAGCGAGGAAAGCUACCGGGCCAUUCUUCGCUACCUGACAAACGAGCGUGAGCCGUAUGCUCCGGGCACGGAGGGCAAUGUCAAGCGUAAAAUCCGCAAAGCGGCCGCCUGCUAUGUGGUGCGCGGUGGGACCUUGUACUACCAGCGGCGGCAGCGGCACCGCAAGACCUUCGCGGAGCUGGAGGUGGUGCUGCAGCCCGAGCGGCGCCGGGGGCUCAUCGAGGCGGCGCACCUGGGCCCGGGCGGCACUCACCACACCCGGCAUCAGACCUGGCACGACUUGUCCAAGACUUACUGGUGGCGAGGUAUAUUAAAGCAAGUGAAAGAUUACAUUAAACAGUGUAGCAAAUGCCAGGAGAAGCUAGAUCGGUCCCGUCCAAUAUCAGAUACUUCAGAAAUGUUAGAAGAAUUGGGACUAGACCUUGAGUCUGGAGAAGAAAGUAAUGAAUCAGAGGAUGAUCUGAGCAAUUUUACUUCAGCUCCAACUGCAGCCUCCAAGCCUGCAAAAAAGAAGCCAGUGUCCAAACAUGAACUUGUAUUUGUUGACACCAAAGGAGUGGUGAAACGUUCUUCUCCAAAACAUUGUCAGGCUGUCUUAAAGCAGCUCAACGAACAGAGACUCUCCAACCAGUUCUGUGAUGUUACUUUGUUAAUUGAGGGAGAGGAGUACAAAGCUCAUAAAUCUGUUCUGUCAGCUAAUAGUGAAUAUUUUCGAGAUCUUUUUAUUGAGAAAGGAGCUGUUUCCAGUCAUGAGGCAGUGGUGGAUCUUUCUGGUUUUUGUAAGGCAAGCUUCCUUCCUUUAUUGGAAUUUGCCUACACCUCUGUGCUAAGUUUUGACUUCUGUAGCAUGGCUGAUGUAGCCAUCCUGGCUCGUCAUCUUUUCAUGUCGGAAGUUUUAGAAAUCUGUGAGAGUGUGCAUAAACUAAUGGAAGAGAAGCAGCUAACAGUAUAUAAGAAGGGUGAAGUACAAACAGUUGCAUCCACCCAGGACUUACCAGAACAAAAUGGAGGCACUGUGCCUCCUGUGGCUAGCAACGAGGGGACCACAACAACAUUAUCUACUGAACUUGGGGAUUGUGAAAUUGUACUAUUGGUGAAUGGAGAAUUGCCAGAAACUGAGCAGAAUGGAGAGCUAGGACAGCACCCUGAACCCCAGGUUUCUUCAGAAGCUGAAGCCACUCUGUCACCUGCAGGCUGUAUAACUGGUUCCCAUCCUGAAAUGGAGUCUGUUGAUUUAGUAACAAAAAAUGAUGAGACAGAAGUAGAAACUUUAAACAGAGAAGAUAGCGCACCUUCUGAUAUUAAUCCCAAACUUUCAAAAGAGAAUGUGAUCAGUAACUCUCCAGAAAACAGUGAUAUGGGAAAUGACCCAUCAAGUGAAGAUAUCUGUGCUGAAGACAUUCCAGAGCAAAUGCAGAACCUUAGCCAGUCUUUAAAAGAUCAGGAAAAUCUAGUUGCACUGACAGCAAAGCCAGACCUUAGCACUGAUGAUGAAACUUACAGAAGCAGACUUCGGCAGCGUUCUGUUAAUGAAGGGGGAUAUAUCCGACUACACAAAGGAAUGGAGAAAAAGCUACAGAAACGGAAAGCCAUUCCCAAGUCAGCAGUUCAACAGGUAGCCCAGAAAUUAGUUCAAAGAGGGAAAAAAAUGAAACAGCCAAAAAGGGAUACGAAAGAGAAUACUGAAGAAGCAGCAUCCCAUAAAUGUGGGGAAUGUGGAAUGGUUUUUCAGAGACGAUAUGCCCUUAUAAUGCAUACACUGAAACAUGAAAGAGCUAGAGAUUACAAAUGUCCGUUGUGUAAAAAACAGUUUCAGUACAGUGCCUCCUUGCGAGCACAUCUUAUUCGACAUACCAGAAAAGAUGCACCCACUUCAUCUUCUUCCAAUUCCACGUCUAAUGAGGCAUCAGGAACAUCGUCUGAGAAGGGGAGAACCAAACGAGAAUUUAUAUGUUCCAUAUGUGGAAGGACAUUACCUAAAUUAUAUUCUCUUCGAAUACACAUGUUAAAGCAUACAGGUGUAAAGCCACAUGCAUGCCAGGUCUGUGGAAAGACUUUCAUCUAUAAACAUGGUCUAAAAUUGCACCAGAGUCUCCAUCAAUCACAAAAGCAGUUCCAGUGUGAACUAUGUGUUAAGUCAUUUGUUACCAAACGGAGUCUUCAAGAACAUAUGAGUAUUCACACAGGGGAGUCCAAGUACCUUUGCUCAGUUUGUGGAAAGUCUUUUCACAGGGGCUCUGGCCUCAGCAAGCACCUAAAGAAACACCAGCCAAAGCCUGAAGUUCGAGGCUAUCAUUGUACUCAAUGUGAAAAAAGUUUCUUUGAAGCUAGAGAUCUUCGUCAGCACAUGAACAAACAUCUUGGUGUGAAGCCAUUCCAGUGCCAAUUUUGUGAUAAGUGCUAUAGUUGGAAGAAAGAUUGGUAUUCCCAUGUGAAGUCUCAUUCUGUCACUGAGCCUUAUAGGUGUAAUAUAUGUGGCAAAGAAUUUUAUGAAAAAGCAUUGUUCAGAAGGCAUGUAAAGAAAGCUACCCAUGGAAAAAAAGGAAGAGCGAAGCAGAACCUGGAACGGGUAUGUGAACAAUGUGGAAGAAAAUUCACUCAGCUAAGAGAGUAUAGGAGACACAUGAACAACCAUGAAGGAGUUAAGCCAUUUGAAUGCUUAACAUGUGGAGUAGCUUGGGCUGAUGCCCGAUCUCUAAAACGCCACGUCAGAACGCAUACUGGUGAACGGCCCUACGUCUGCCCUGUAUGUAGCGAAGCCUACAUAGAUGCUCGAACCCUCCGUAAACAUAUGACUAAAUUCCACAGAGAUUAUGUGCCUUGCAAAAUUAUGCUGGAAAAAGAUACCCUUCAGUUUCAUAACCAAGGAACUCAAGUGGAGCAUGCUGUUAGUAUCUUAACAGCAGACAUGCAGGAACAAGAAAGCAGUGGUCCUCAAGAACUUGAGACUGUGGUCGUGACAGGAGAGACCAUGGAAGCACUCGAAGCCGUGGCAGCUACGGAAGAGUGUCCAUCAGUAUCUACGCUUUCUGACCAAAGUAUUAUGCAAGUGGUUAAUUACGUGUUGGCACAACAGCAAGGACAGAAGCUGUCUGAAGUUGCAGAAGCGAUUCAAACUGUCGAAGUAGAGGUGGCACAUAUUUCAGAAACAGAGUGAAUAUAGUCUUGGAGAAAAAAAGAAGGGUCCUAGCAUUGUAUACUGAACUCACAGAACAUUUGUUUACAGUACUGUGCGACUGUCUGCCUAGAGCCUGUAUGUCAAGGCUCUGGGCUCUUGGGUGAGGUUUUAACACUUCUAAACGAUUUGUCUGGCUAUAGGUUCUGUUGAAAAGUCCAUUUACUGUAAAGAAGUUGAAAACAAAUGUACUUGAUGGCAUUGGUUUAUCAUGGUGUACUUUUUAUGAAUUGAUGUUUAUAAAGGACUGUACUAAAUUAAAAACUGUAUAGUUUCACUUGCAUUUUGACAUGAUCAUCUACUUUGAGUUUAAAAGGCUGUACUAGUCAGAUUUUCUUCUUUUAUUCUCAAAAUAGGUUCUGUGAUUUCAUUUGCCCUGUUUAUAGGUCUAAAAAAAUUCUAAUAUAAAGCAUUUUAGUAGGAUGCAUAGGUACAUUACAUUUUUAAAAUGCUUCAGGUCUGUGAUUCUUGACUUACUAUUUAUUUUAACCCCUUAUAAGUCAGGGAUUUAUUCUGUUUUAAAGCACUUAAUGAGUUACAUGUUGUAAUCAAGUUUGCACAGUAUACUUAUCUAUAUGGGGAGCCCUUAAAUACAUAGCUGAUUUUUAAAAUGCAUGAAAUGCCUAUUAAAGCCUUACUAUAUACUAUCUCUUCAAGGCAAAUUGACCACGAGCAAAGAACACUGUUAUUAAACACUGUUGAUGGGAAAUUUCUUCUUGAUAACAUGGGACAAUAAAUGGAAAAAAAAAAUCUCAUUCUUUUGCUGAAAGAAUGAACAAGUUAAAACUAGAUUUGGUAUGUUUGCAGCUUUUGUAUCAUGUUUAAUUGUUCAAUUUUGUUGAAAAACUGCAAUUUAGAAAUAGGAUAGCAAUAUAGACAUCUAAAGCAGUCCUGAGGAUACCAUAUAAUUGUUGAGUAACUUCAGAAUAGUGAAGUCUUCAAUUCAGCCCUCAUUAUAGUAUACUACUCAAAGAAAUUGAUUAUGGUCCACCAAAUUGUUGGAAGUAAAUUAUUUUUAAAAGUUACCUGUGAAUUAUAUUAAUUUGUGUGUUUGAUUUUUAAAUUCCCACUUGUAGAAGCUGUCCAGUUUUCUGAUUUUCAAAAUAACCAUAGGGAGAUGCCACAUUUCUCUCCUGUGGGUAGCUACCACUCAAACUAUAAUUGUUAAAAUUAAACUUUUUAAGUAUUAGCCGCUAAUAUAAGGUAUAAAGUGAAAAUAAAAGCAAAUCACAUGUAAAUCAUUCCUAAAGCACAAGAAAAGAAUGUGCCUUGAUGUACAUAUAUUAUUAAGAUACUUAUUUCAGUUUACUUUAAGAAUAGCUUAAAAGAUAAAGAAUAAAUGUGAUGCCAUGCAUGCGUUCUACCUGCAUAUGUAAUAUUUGCAUUUGCAAAUUUCCCAUUGUCUCUAUAGCUGUGUGGCUGACUUUUGAAUUUUAAGUGAAUUGACAUACAGUCUAUAACUUUACAAUGGCUGCUUGUUUAUUGUAUCUUUCAGUUAGUGAAAAUGUGUUUCAACCUGACUAAAAUUUGGAAUUGUGUCUUUUAUGUUCCAUCCUCACUGUUAUUAGAUUUAGUUAAUUGUAUAAGACCGUUGAUGUAUGUCAAAAAUAUGUAAAUAAAACAUGUCGAAUCUUGUUUAAAAGCAUAA